UAUUCAGAAAAGUCCAAUGGAAGACGAAGAAGAAGCUUUUACCAAAAUCAAUAAAAAACACGAAGAUAUUGAUGCGCAUAAUGGUAAAAACUCUGCUCAAGAGAAGGCAGAUUCAUCAGAUGCUAAGUAUAAUGCCAAAGGAAAUAACAAUCAACCCCUACCACGGUUGUUUGGAAGGGCACGCUCAAAGAUUGCAAGACUUGAAAUACCUAGUAGGGGUGAUGUGUAUGACAUUUUCAAGACAGAAGUACUCCCUGCGAGUUGCCAAGCUCAAGAUCUGGAUUCUCCUUCAGAUGAGGGCUAUGAGACAGCGGAAGAGUCAUUCUUAUCGGAGGAAGAUUUCAUGUUCCCCAAGAGCAACUUGUUCGGAGAAGAUGACGAAGAAGAGGAUGAAAAACCUGUUCCCAAGGAGAAAAUAAUGAAGAGGAUAGAUUCACAUAAAGGAAUGAAGUCAUACCAGCUAGCUCAGCAACUAUCUUCUAAAUGGUCAACAGGAGCAGGGCCACGUAUUAGCUGCAUGAGGGAUUAUCCUUCAGAGCUUCAGUUCCGGGUUCUGGAGCAGGCAAACUUGUCUCCAAAACGAAAAAAUGUUAACUUCUCUCCUCGAACCAAAUCCUGUUCCAGCCCGACUAGUGUCAUGACUCCACCUACAGUCCGUAGGCCAGUUACAACAAAGAGUCCACUUUCCAUGGAGCAAAGGGAAUCUUCUGAAAGGGCAACAAAGUAGGCCAUAUGUAGAUGAAGUAUAACACAUGGUUAAAUUUGUCCAUGUUUAGGCUAGAGAAAUAUGGUUUAGGGUUUUCUUUUUGUUUUCUGAUGCCCUUUCUUUUACAAGGAUCCAGUUUCCUGUUUGUAAAUCUGAUUGUGAAAAUGGAAUGAAGGAAUCCAGGGGGCCAUACAGGUUCAAUUGCCCUCAAGUUAAUCCUAAAAUUGAAUCUGAAAACAGUGAGUGGCAAAUGCCACUGAAACAAGAGGAUUGACUGAAGGAACUCCCAGAUAAUAGA